CACAUCCACCCUAAAAUGCUAUCAAAAAAUAUACAUAUUUUGUUGAUUUCAAAAUUCCCAGACUUUUUCGGUGUACCGACAUUAAAUCAAGGGGACCUCGGCUUAGGCCUAUUGGUCCAGUUGAGACGUUAUGAAACUAAAACCACGCCUUCAAAUCGAAUCGCUACAAAAGUUCUGACUGGACAAACAGCCUUCAUAAUCAUCAAACAAAUUUACACACAUCGCUUAAACAUGUAUUUCAAAAAAUGUCAGUCUGUACUAAUCACUGGGGCGAGCAGGGGCCUGGGUUUGCAAAUGGUGAAAGACCUCUUGAAAAGCACUGAGGGACCGACAACUAUAAUAGCAACUGCUCGCAAUCCAGACACAGCACAUGAUCUUCAAAAUAUUGCCAAAUCUUACAAAGGUGUCCAUAUUGUACAACUUGAUGUUAUCAGCCAGUCAAGUAUAGACUCAGCAUUUCAAGAGGUGACAUCAGUACUUGGAGGUGAUGGGUUGCACUGCCUUAUAAACAAUGCAGCUAUCAAUUCAUGCACUGAUCUGAAGACAGUGAAUCCUGGUGAUAUGCUGAAGUCUUUUGAGAGUAAUACUGUGGCCCCUCUCUUUGUCACCAAGACAUUCUUGCCUUUGCUCCAGGCUGCUGCUGCCCGAAGCACUGGAAUGGGGAUCCAUAGGGCAGCUGUGAUCAACAUCUCUUCAUCACUGGGCUCUAUUGAGGCCAACUGGGGAACUGGAGCAGCCUUUAAAAGCUAUUCCUACAGGAUCUCAAAGGCUGCCUUGAACAUGGCAACAAGGUGCCUGGCCGUUGACCUGGAAUCUGAAGGAAUUCUGUGCGUGGCGGUUCACCCUGGCUGGGUGCGCACUGACAUGGGUGGUCCUAAUGCGGAUUUGAGUCCAGAGGAGAGCAUAUCAUCAGUGCUGUCGGUUAUCGCUAAUUUGACUGAAAAGGAUCAUGGAGGAUUUUUUGACUACUCCGGAAACAAGCUGGCUUGGUGAAUGUCAAUGUGGAAGAUGUUACUAAUGACAUGGAUUACAUUGGUUUUGUCUAUCACUCACCAGUUCUAAAAUCCUGAGCAGAGUUUUCAGGAUCCUGUGAAUUACACCAUCCUGCUACUGGAAAUAAUCUAGUUGGUCUGGGCGGCUUGGGUUACUGAUACACUUUGUGGUUGAUUAUACACUUUCUGUGGUUAUCUUAUUGUUUGCAUUAUAUAUUAUGUAUAAUAAUAAUAAACAAGGUGUUGCCAU